CAACUUAAAACGGCGGAAGAGAGGAGACGAGAACGCACGAGACGCUCGUCCUCCUCUUCUCGUUCCGUGCACUCUCAACCUCAGCACUCUCAUCUCCGCAGUAGUACUACAUCGGCGCUCAGAGAAGAGAGGGAACCCUCGAUCGAAGUGCUUUCCUCUCUCUCUCUCUUUCUCUGUUCAGCCGGGAUCUCUCUGGAAACUAGAGGUUGGGACUUGGGAGUAGUUAACUUCUGCAAUGAGUUUUCUUAAAACAGCUCCUCCGCCUGAUUGCUUCUUAAACCAACAUUGCUCGCGAUGGGCUCAAAUGUACUUGAAGUAUUGCCUUUGUAGUACAAAGGAUGGAAUUUCCUUAUUUCUUGGAGCUGCCAGUAUCAUCAGCUGGGUAAUUGCAGAGAUUCCUCAAAUCAUGACAAAUUACUGUGAAAAAUCUACAGAAGGCCUUUCAAUUGCUUUUCUAAUGACAUGGAUCGUUGGAGAUUUAUUUAACCUCAUCGGCUGUCUGCUAGAACCUGCUACUUUGCCGACACAGUAUUAUGUGGCAUUGUUAUACACAGCAAGUACAGUUAUCCUGACUGGGCAGACUAUGUAUUAUGGUUACAUUUACCAUAGACUUGAACCAAACAAACAUGGAAUACAUGUCAAGAGCCAAAAGCAUCAUCAAGAAGAUGGAUCAGCAGAAGAGUGCCUGCUGGGAGAUUCAAAGAAAACUAGAGUUCAUGGUUACCAAUCAAAUGGCACAAGUCCCUCAAAGGAAGUCAACAUACCAAGCUCACCAAUUCCAGUUGAAGUACUUUGUGAUUCCUAUGGGAGUGACUUCUAUUACACGUCAGCACGGUCUUUAUCUAAAAGCCCUGUGCCUGCUUUUGGUGCUUGGUUAGCACAUUCAUGUGACAAUGGAGGGUCACCACCCAGAAGUGGCAAUCAGCAAUCUGUAGCAAAAGAGCCUCUAAUUGACAGGAUUAUUUUCCCGCAAUCUGCACCACCGAAUUUGAGUACUAAAAAUAUGCUUGCUGUAGUACCUUCAGCUGUAUUUUUCUUUGGUAUGUGUGUUCUUCAUCUUUGCACCAAUGAUGUGCACACUGCAUCACCUAAUGGAAUGGUCAUACGAGUCGGACGUAAGUUGUUACAGGACCAUGUUCAAGAUGAUGGAAGCAUUGGAGUCGGAAACUUACUUGGUUGGGCAAUGGCAGCUAUUUAUAUGGGGGCAAGGCUUCCUCAGAUAUAUUUAAACAUUAGAAGGGGCAAUGUUCAGGGCCUUAACCCGUUAAUGUUUGUUUUCGCGGUGAGUGGAAAUGCAACAUAUGUGGGAAGUAUUCUUGUGGAAAGCUUGGAUUGGCAUAAAAUCAGGCCCAAUCUACCCUGGCUAGCUGAUGCUGGAGGAUGCAUACUUCUGGAUGUUUUCAUUCUGAUCCAAUUUUUCUAUUUUCAUUAUCGGAAACAGCAGAGGUCUGAAUCUAAAGAUAACCCAGCUUAACAGAGAAAUAUGAUAGUUGAAGAAAUUCCAGAGACGAAAUUUCCACUCAGGGGGAUUCUCUGGUUGUUUUACUUCUACAUGAUCGAGGAGGUACCACAUCGGACUACCACUUACAGAGUAUUGCAUUUUUUUGCAAGCUCUCACAGACAUAUUCGGACCAUGUGCAUGAACAGGAGUUGGAACUCCGGACAUCUGAUGACAAGGGUCAUUUUUGCUUUGCUUUUGUUAUUCUCCACUGGUGACUUGAAUUAGUUUGUAAUGGAUUUGAAAUAUUAGAAACCAAGUUAUUUUUUUGGGCAGAAAACCCAUAAUACAUUUGAUAGAGGUUGUUGCUACAUUUAGUGUACAUAAUUCAAUUUAAAUGCACCAGAAGAGCUACUUGGUA